UAUGUCUAAAAUUAAGCAAAAGAAAAAAGCCAACAUUAAACAUACAAUUGACAAUGAAAAUGAUCAUGAAGAUUAAUUAAGUUAUAAUUCAAUCGAUGAUGAAUAAUAUUUAAAUCUUUUGUAAGGUCAUUUGCCUAAAUCUCAUAAAAUUGAUAUAAAUUUAGGAUAGAAAUAUUAGGGCAAAAAAGCAAACAAUGAAAGAUAAAAUUAAAGUGAAGAGGAUUUAUAAAAUGAAUCUAUUAAUAGUGAUGAAAUUCCAGAAUUUAUUGAAAGUGAACCUGAUCAAUCUGAGGAUGUUGAUGAUUUAAAGGAAAAGAAAAUUGUAAAUGAAAAGGUUAAAAGGAAAUAAAAUUAGACAAGAUUUUAAAAAGAAUUAUAAGAAAUUGAAAAGGAAGACUUAGAGAUGAUAGAAAAGUAAAAGGAAAAUAAAAAAGAAUUGAAGGAAGUUGCUGAAUAAAUAAAAGAAUAAUAAUAAAUUUGGGGAAAUCUUGUUGAAAUUAGAGAAUGUAAUUUAUGUUUAAAUAAAUAUUUUAGAAAUGUAAAAAACAUUAGAUGCUGCUAAAAAACUUCCUAUUCAAAAUAAGGAAUUUGUAUCUGAAAUACAAAAAUCAAAAGAAUCGAAAUUAAAUGAUUUGAAUUGUCAAUUGUUAAAUAAUAUUACAAAUUUGUAAAAUUUAUAUUCAUCCUUAUACUAAAUAGAUUAGAUUAAUGUUAAAGAUGAUGGAUAUGAUCUUAAUUCUUUUAAAAAAAUAAAUGAAAAAUUCCAAGAUUCUACUAAAGUAAUUGAGGAAGAUAUUAUAAGAUGGAGUUCAAAAUCAGCUUUACUAUAAUCAAUAAAUAAAGAUAAUAAAUCAUAAAUGGGAUUUUUACUUUUAACACCUAUUGGAUAAUCAAAAAAGGCAUUAUAAAAUAUUGAAAAAUUAAGAUAGAAAACAUAAUUAAAGAGAUAGAUAUUCAGAAUUUUAGGUGAGGAAGGUUCUGAUUUAAAUGAAACUAAUAAUAAACACAUAUUUGAUGAUACAGAUUUUUAUUUAGAUUUGUUGAAAGAAACAAUUUCAUUUAAUAAUUAAAAUACAGCUGAAGAGGCAUUAAAAAAAGAGACUGAAUAAUUUAUAUUAAAAAGAUAAGCUCAAAGAUAAGAAAAGGAAAAUAAAGUUGUUGAUAGAAAGGCAUCUAAAAAUAGAAAAAUUAGAUUUGAACCACAUUAAAAAAUUAUCAAUUUUACAUCUAGAAUUGAACUUCCUGUUGAAAUGAUAUCAAGAGAAGAUAUUAUUAAAAAUUUAUUUGGUUUAGCUUCAACAAAUAUUGAACCUUAGAUUUAGAAGAAAAGAAAGCAAAGUCUUCAUGAUGUUAAUUUGAUAUGAUGCUGUGUUUAUAAGCUUAUGC